AUGAAAUUGCUAUGGACAUUUCAUUCUACUGUCCUCUGUCUGGCAUGUUUAACAUUUAGCUGUGUCGUUUGUGGUCCAAUAUCAGCUGAUAAUCAACAAGCAUCAUCGUCGGAAUCAGCCUCAGCAACAUCUCAACAACCUCAACAGUUGGAUUUAAAUCAACAAGCAACCCCGUCAUCCGCAGUGGAUCAUUUGUCACAAUUUAGACGUGAAAGUGAUCCAUCACUGCCAGGAAAUCAUGCGUUUCUACCACCUGGUUUUUCUGCAUCACCGGGUCCACCAACUGAAAAACGUGUCUAUUUUUCUGUUGGACGUCAAAAUGAUGAUUCACAAAUGACACAUAAACUACGUCAUUACGAAGCAACAAAAGUAAAUCCACAAUUCACUACUGAAUUUUCUACAAUUGUAGAUCCGUGGGAUAAUCUUCCACUAAUGCCUAUAAAUCCAGGUAUGGGAAUGAUGGGAGGAAUGCAUCCAGGAAUGCUGGGAGGUUAUGGAAUGGGAAUGAUGGAUCCGUCAAUGAUGGCAAUGUACGGUGGCGGAGGAAUGGGAUUGGGUGGAAUGGGAUUGGGUGGAAUGGGGUUCGGUGGAAUGAUGCCACCUCCACCAUUGCCUUUUCACGAUUCAGAUGCUAAACCAGAAGAAAAACAUGUAGCUCUUUCAUACAAGCACAGAAAACCAGGGGGUUCUUGGAACAACGAACACGAUCACAUCCUGGAACAUAGUAUGCAGCAUCAUGCAGUCAAAAACAGCAACUAUAAUAAUUAUCCAAUGUAUUAUCCUCAUACAAUGAUGGUGCCUGUUACAAUACCAAUGCCAAUGCCCAAUUGGCAGAAUAAGGGUGCUGAAAAAAAUUUUCGGGUAUUUAUUCAAUCAGAGAAAAAAGAUCCAUCGUUGGAUCAAGGGCACGAUGUUCAUCCCUAUCACCCAAUGAUGGGAAUGGGAAUGGGAACGCAUCCAGGAAUGAUGAUGGGCGGUAUGGCCAAUGUUGAAGCAUUUAAUGAAUUAAAGAAAUAA